AUGCCGCUCCACGAGCGCCGACCUCAGCUUCUCAGCCUCAGCAUCAAGUCAAGCUCUGCGAGCUCGAGCCAGAACGAUGAAGUUCGAACUCCCCUCCCUACCUCUCCAUUCGCUUGGAACCAGGCGCAGGCGCCUCUUAUCAUGACCCCCGACACACCCUACUUUGACAUGUCGUCCGUCGGCGGGAUGUUUACUGGCAAGGAACAGGCCGUAGAGAUACGCCAGGAGCCCAUCGGCAAGGAGGCGGAGUGGACGGAAGAGGAGGAUGAUGUGCUCUCCAGUUACCUCUCUCGACCCGCUGCAUCUCGCGCCUACCCGCCCGGUACCCUUCCCCCCUCGGAUCUCCUCGACAGCAUGACCACCCAGAUCCUCUCGCGCCUCUCCCGCUCCUCUUCGAUCUCCUCUCUGUCGUCCGCUUCGUCUUCCGACUCCGACACGGACAUGGACUCGGACGACACCAUCACCCUCAAGCGCACGUCGGGCUGGUCCCACUCCUGGUCUGCGACCCGCGCCCGGCUCUUCCGCAUCGCCCGCCUCGAAUCCCGCGAAGCCCUCGGCGGUCACACGCGCAACAAGUCGGAGAGCAUGGUACCUGUCAUCAUGGACAACCUGGUGCUUCCCAAAGGAGCUGUUAUCGGCGGUGCCUCCAUGAGCAGGCAGCUGAACAGCAUGGAGAACAUUCACGGGGCUGAGCAGACCAUCGAUGGAGCUGUCAAGCUUUCUGGUGCUCUGCAAGGGCAGGCUAUGUCCGGUUCUUCUGUCCUUCACUCGACGCAAGACCUGUCUUCCCCGGUCGCGUUCGAAUUCGGUCCAUCUGUCUUCUUCUCCGCUCAAUCUAGCGCCUCAACCUCGUCCGCCCCUGCGCCGAGCCUGGUUCUGCCUCGGACGGCAAUCAACCGCAAACUCCCACCAUCCUUCCCCAUGUCAAAGGGUCUUCCUCGCCCAUCCCUCCUUCAGCGUGGUCGGUCGUACACCGGAGCCGACCUCGCUCGGGAGCGCGGCCACUCUCGGGACACCUCGGUCAGCUCGGACGACACCAUGGACGGCGAGGACACCCCGGUGGACUCGCCCAUGUCCUCGGGCAACUCGCUCUCGGCUUUGCCUCCUUACGUGAGACCCUCUGUCCGACGUUCCGCCACCAGCCCUACCGCUUUCGUUUUCCCCCAGCCUCAGCCAAUGACCGCCAUUGCCGUCUCGCUGUCCAGGCGUGGAUCGAUUGAGCCGGACCCAAUCACUCCCCUCAAUCAGACCACCUUCCCUCAAUCCGCCAUCGGGUUGGGCAAUCGGGUGCUCACUGGCAUGUCGGACGACUCGGACUGCACGCCCAGUGCCACUCCCGCCAUCACCCUCACUAUGACCUCUCCCGUCGCGAGCCCCUCGCAAGGCUCUGGGCCCCACCUCGCACCCUCUUUUGACUUCCCCGCAACAGAAUUCGCCAAUCUCUGCAUCGCGACCCCAGCUCCCGCCGCCAUCAAAACCAACUCGAGCCACAUCCGCCGUCCUACGCGGCCCGCUCCCCUCACCCGGUCACUAUCCGAAUCCACCUCGCUUGCCGGUCUCGCGUACCCCAAUCCCGCCCAGCUGCCGAGCAGCACCUCCCACCCUUCAGGCCUCAACACCCACCUCGGCCCCACGCCCACGGUAACUCCCAUCUCGCGCCCGUGCCUCGCCAUGUCGACCAUGGAUGACGGCUCGAGCGGCUCCGAGAGCACGCGCGAGACCAAGCGGCAGCGCGCCAUGCCCUUCGCGGGUUCUUCAGCAGCUGUCUUCCGCCCACGCCUCAACCCCGGUCUGACCGUCGUCGUGCCCAAUACGGGCCUCGGUGGAAUGGCGAGCGACGGACUCAGGAGCCCAUUCGAGCACAAGGCACCGGGAGGGGGUUUGAAGAUCUGA